UUUGGGCCCUCUUCAGUCAAGCAGCGCUUGCGCCGCUCAAUGGUGGAGUGUCUGCCGCAAGAGGGCGACAUCGACGGCUUGCUGAAGAUGAUGCGAGGCGGCAGCAUCGACAGCCUCGUCAAUCAUAUAAGUACAGUCACAUUUUUUGUUCUUGUGUAGAGUUUCUUCCUUCCUCUGGGAUGAUUCGAAUCUAGAUGACGAGUCUGAUGCUAGCGCCAUUGCUAAUGAAGCAUCGAACGAGGCAUUUGUCUGAGAGGAGUGAGCAGGAUUUGUGGUGCGUGCUGCCCGAUGAUGCUUUAAAAAUCUUUGAGACCUGAAAACUUGGUAGCUUUUUGAGGCUGCCCUGAGUGGAUAACUUGAAAAUCCUGAGGGCAUUGCUUGGGUUGGUUUCUUUCCUUUUUCUUGCGUUUUUGACCCGAUUGCCCGCUUUUUUUCUCUGGGAAAAUGUGUAUUUUUCUUGCAUGAGAUAACUGAGCCUUGAAUUACGGGUUUCUCUGACUUUUCCCAGAUUGCAUGCCGCGGCAUGCGUGGUUAGCUUUGAUCUUUGAGCACGACCUCGUUGACAUGAGGUUUACGAUUGAAGGGAUCCAUGUGAUGUGUCUGAAGAACAAGAGUUUGAGUUUGAGUGUCUUUCUUCUUAAAUGUGGCUCCAUUUCUAUCGCUCUUGUUUGUUAAAUAUACACUUUUCUCGUUUCGUUUCUUAACAGUCCAUUCAACGUGCCUCGACCGCUGCCGUGUAGACGAAGAGGAUAUUGGUGCUGCUCUUGUGUCGUUGCUGUUCAAGGCGCCGGGACAAAGCGGUGGGAGAAAGGACACGGAGGUUUUUAACGAAAGGCGUGUUGCGGAAAAGAGUUGCGAAGUUUGGUGUGCGUUAGAAAAGGCCGAGGGGGUCCUCCGUCGUCGUUCAUGGCACCCUCUACUAUCUCUGAUUUGCCAAUCGGUCCAGCGCCCGUGUCUGUCAAGUAUACCAAGCUCUUCAUCGACGGCCAGUUUGUCGAUGCUGUCUCCGGAAGGACUUUCGAAACUUUGGAUCCCCGGAAUGGAGAAGUGAUCUCGAAAGUAGCCGAGGCAGAUAAGCAGGAUGUUGAUGUCGCCGUGAAGGCCGCUCGAAAAGCUUUUGAUCAUGGGCCCUGGCCCAGACUGUCUGGAUAUGCCAGGGGGCGAAUCCUUCUCAAGUUUGCGGAUUUGUUGGAGCAUCAUUUUGACGAGCUCGCAGCACUCGAGACUCUGGACAAUGGAAAGCCAUUGGACCUGGUGAAGUAUGUGGACUUGCCAAUGGCCCUUCGGCUUCUUCGUUCGUUCGCAGGUUUCGCUGACAAAAUCUGUGGCAAGACCGUGAAAAUCGAUGGGCCUUACCACGCGUACACUCUUCUCGAGCCGAUUGGUGUCGUGGGCCAGAUCAUCCCAUGGAACUUCCCGCUCAUCAUGUUUUUCUUGAAAAUCAGCCCCGCGCUUGCUGCUGGCAACACAAUUGUCUUGAAGACUGCCGAGCAGACUCCCUUGAGUGCUCUCUUUUGUGCAAGCCUGCUGAAGGAGGCUGGAUUGCCUCCCGGCGUCCUGAACAUCCUCUCUGGCUUCGGCCCAACGGCGGGAGCUGCUAUCUCUAGUCACAACGAUGUGGACAAGAUUGCAUUCACCGGCUCGACGGACGUGGGAAAACUUGUCAUGGAGGCAGCUGCGAAGAGCAACCUCAAGGCCGUCAGUCUGGAACUGGGAGGGAAGUCCCCCAUGAUAGUACUGGACGAUGCAGAUGUUGAUGUAGCUGUCGAGCUAGCACAUUUAGCGCUCUUCUUUAAUGUGGGCCAGUGCUGCGUGGCGGGGUCUCGUGUAUUUGUCCAGGAAGGUAUCUACGACGAGUUUUUGAGAAAGGCUGCAGACCGUGCAAAGAGACGGGUGACAGGUGACUCCUUCCAAAGUGGCGUCGAUCACGGGCCUGUGGUUGACCAGCAACAGUUUGACAGAGUGCUUGGCUACGUGGAGAUUGGAAAGCGCGAGGGAGCGAGGCUGGUUACUGGCGGGUGCCGCAUUGGUUCUCGCGGUUUUUACAUCGAGCCAACAAUCUUUGCCGAUGUCGAGGAUUACAUGAGAAUCGCCAGGGAAGAGAUUUUCGGGCCGGUGAUGUCGGUACUCAAAUUCAGAACAAUAGACGAGGUGAUCCAACGAGCCAACGACACAGCCUAUGGUCUCGCGGCAGGGAUAGUAACCAAGGACCUCAACUCGGCCAACCGAUUGACGCGGUCCUUGAGAGCCGGGACGGUGUGGAUCAAUUGCUACCACGUCUUCGACCCGGCACUUCCAUUCGGUGGCUACAAGAUGAGUGGGAUUGGACGAGAAAAUGGCAAGCAGGUCUUGUACCAAUACUCCCAGGUUAAGUCGGUUGUGACUCCGGUGGAGUCGCCAUGGCUGUAGAUCUUUGGCACCUCUUCGUCGCUAUGAAAGUGGUACUAGUUCCUGAGUUUUUUUUCUUUCUUUUCCUUGGGGGAGGGAAGGCUCUAAUCGUAUGAUCCAGAGAUUGCGUUGCGGGAACGAUAGCGCACGCUACCUACCGUGCCCGCAUUCGUGCAAGCCAGGAAUGCAUGGGGUCAUUUAAAGAAGUAUCUCCAAAAGGGAGGAGUGUGAAGCCCAUGUAAAGAUAUAGUAAUGAGGAAAAAAUUUGUAGGAAA